AUGGACUUCAAGCAAGAGUUGAACCAGUUUCUCCAGAAGCAUUGCAAGCGACCGCUGACGAAGACAGACAUCACCUACACCGUUAGCAAGUAUGGAACGCAAUUUCAGGCGAUCGUGCGACUCAACUGCCUCAACGGCCAGGAGUACGCAGGACACCUGAUGGCUGAUGCCAAGGCUGCUGAGAAGUCUGCAGCCCAGCAGGCGAUCGAAGCUAAUGCCACUCUCGUGGAGGCGGCGAAGACGGCGCCGGCAGACAAGAAGCGCCAGGCGCAGAAGCCUCCCGUCAGCGCAGAGGAGCGUGAGGCCAAAAAGGCCAAGCAGGAAGCAGGGGAAAACCCCGCCGUCACCCCGAAGACGGAGCUCAAUAGCCUCUGUAUGAAGAUCAUUGGCAGGUUUCUCAAGAAGGGAGAGACGGUGUACGUGUGCAACAAAAUCGGCACGCAGUACCAAGCCACUGUGCAGAUCACCAGCCUCCCAGAAGAGUGGGGCCAACGCGCCUGGGCUGGGCACCUUUGCGCAAACAAGCAGAAGGCGGAACAGUCCGCAGCCGAGAUCGCCCUGGGAGACAUCAAGGGUGAUGAGAAGCUGCAAGAGCUCGCGUCGCAGUUCAAAGGCAAAGGCAAAGGAAAGGGAAAGUGGGACGUGCAGGCGAUGUGGGAGAUGAUGAAUAACUGGUGGACUUGGAACAACACGCGGGAGCGAGUCAUCGAGGAGGACGUGCUCGGGGAGCUCAUCGAGUGGAAAGGACACUAUGGCUGGGUCAAGACCGACCACGACUUCGAGCACGAGGCCAAGGGCAUGCGAGACGGCAAGAUCUACAUGCACAGGAAAGACAUCGAGGGCCAGCCGGAAGCGCUGGCUGAAGGUCAGAAGGUGAAGUUCAAGCUCUAUGCAGACGGCAGUGGAUUGGGCGCCGAAGAAGUGACACUGUGUGUGUAG